GUACUAAAUCCAAGGAAAUCUUUUUCUGCAGCUACAACUUUGUCGCGCUGAGCAAUUUAUUUUGCCGCGUUGCAAUUUUACGUAAAAAUUUUGCCUCGGAUCUUUCAAAGAGGUUUCUCGUGAGAGAGAGAGAGAGAGAGAGAGAAAGAGAGAGAUAGAGAGAGGAAAAGAAAAAGAGAGAUCCCGCAAAUAAGUGUUACGUGUAAUUAUAAUCCGGAGAUUUACAGUUAAAUUAGACUCUCAGCCCGGCCGUUCGCGUUACCGUUGUUAUUCCGUUCGAUCGAGCUGCGGAUAAUAAACGGACACGGUUACGGGGAAAUAAACGAACGGCAUAACUAACUGUUAUUGCGAAAGACGUCAAUCUACGUUUCUGCGUGCACGCGCCCGCCCAUGCGUGUGCAUGUGCGCGCGCGCGUGCGCGCUCCACCGGCGAAGUACAAGAGUUUCCCUUUCAUUAUGCGGCGGGACCGAGCGAGCGUGUAAUUCGUCUUGUCAUUUUCCGGUGCUAUUUUCUAACAGCGGCUCUUCUAAACGCGCUCGCGUGUGACACGCGCGAGAUGACCCCCGGACGCACUCUCCGCCGUCGUCGUCGAUUGUCGAUCGUCGAUCACAGAUCAGUGGCGCGAGGCCGCCCAGCUUUUCCAUCUUUCUCGAUAUUACGAUUGCAUCAGUCUCAUUAUUCAAACGCGUCACAUUGUCCAAAACACGUCAAUCUCGCGCGACGACGACGAGGAGACGACGAGCAAAGAGUAAGGAGAAAAUCACGUUGAUGCUCGCGCGAGAGAGGAAGAGGGGAAAGAGAAAAAGAGAAAGAGAGAGAGAGAGAGAGAGUGAGACGUCCGACGUGGACGUAUCGGCACUUCUUUAGCCGCGAAUGACCUCGAUCCCCAAUCCGUCUCUCUCCUUUCACUUCAAAAGUGCUCCGCGAGCUUCCCUUCUCGUGCCAUCGAAGACACGCGCGUGCACAUUUCAUAACGUGACGGUGUCCAGUCCGCCCUAGAACGUCGAUCGACGUGCUGUUCUCCGAGUUGCCCCGGUCCACCUGGAUUUCACUUUCUCACAACACGCGGGAGAAGGCGAGUGUCAUGCGUCUCUGGGACAUAAGCGACCUUUGAACGGGCUGAGAUUUCCCUCUCGACGAUGACGUCGAUCGUGAGGACCGCGAUCAUGUCGCCGCCGCUGCUGCUGCUGCUACUGCUUCUCCGCGACCACGCGACGGCCCUGAUUAUACCGGAAGAGCUGCCGACGAUACUUUCCCUCAUCUACUCGAAUAUACCACCGAUCAAGAAAGGAACCGACUCCAGAGUCGGCGUGGGUUUCCGUCUGGGCGAGCACGCUGAUUUCCAAGUCCUCAUCGAGCUGGGUCCGCAGACUGACACGGGCCCGAUAGGUACCGCCGACUCCAAGAGGAAGAGAGACGCGAUGUUGAGCGCCGCGAUGAGAGGGGAAUUAGGACCGUUAGCGCAAGCGGUGGCCAAAUACCAAAUGGAGCGUAAAAUGCGAGACGAGAUGGAGAAACUCAAGUCGACGGGGGAGGAGUUCGGGAAGAUCCAAGCCGUGAAUAAGACGAACGAUCAAAAUGUCGUUCCCGACAAUUGGCUGGCGAGAUGGCGGCAGGAGAUAUCGCAAUCGCCGGAGGACAAGGUGCCAUUAAGCCCGGUUCAAGAUCAAAACGAUCGAGAGGCCCAACGAAGGAUGGGAAAGCCGCCGGUUAAAUCCGCUGUGGGAGGAAACAAACUGGAGGAACUGACGAAGUUGUACGAACCACGAAACACCAGCAACGCCGGAAACGCGGCGUGAAUGCGGCGUACUGAUGUAAAUAGCAUUCGAGAAUGUUGUAUAAAUAGCGCGUCUUAGUUUCCUUUUUGUUACAUUUAUCACACCGACCUCGCGGCAAUAAAAUCCGCGUGUACAGAUUA